AUGGCUUCCAAGUCGCAGUCACGUUUCCUUCCUGCACGGAAGCGAACAAAUCAAGCAACUUCAUCGUUCAGUUUUGCUAUCCCUUCAUUCGCCAAUUCCACCAAGCAAGACUCAGAUUCAUCAAUCAAUCUCGACCUUGAAUCAGACAACAUGUCUCGAGUCGAGGAGCGGUUGAAGCAACUUCCUCCAGGCGAGGUCCAGCUUCAGACGAGCCCUGAGAAGUUCACUGUCUUCCAUAAGCUACCAAUCGAACUACGACUCCUUAUUUGGAAGCUUGCCGCACACCAACCUCAUGAUAUUAGACUCCACUUACCUAUUAGGAGAUACCCGAUGAUGCCCUACGAACCUUCAGGACGAAAUAAAGUUCCAUCAAUUCUCCACACCUCCAGAGAGAGUCGAAAUGAGAGUCUGAAACAUUAUACAAAAUGCAACGAGAGAUCAGAAGAAUUUCCUUCCAUGGCCACGCGGGAGAAGACAGUUUACGUCAACUUCAACAGCGACCGGUUCGUACAUACCUGCAUUUGUACUAUUCCACGCAACAAUUACUCGGGGGAGAUCCACGAUUGGCCGGUAUUCAUCACAGGUUACAAUUUCGAUAUUGAAGUUCUAAGGAAGAUCAAGCACUUCACGGUUGACUAUGCCUCUUGUGCGUGCGAUGGCAAUUUGGAGAGACUCAAGGCAUUUACCGAACUCGAUAGGAUGUCAGAACAACUUGAGGAAGUCACGCUGAGAGUUGGUCUCAACAAGCCAUUGGAUUUUUGUAAGGGGGUACCAUUACGGGAGCUGACUGAUGAGGAUAUCCGGAGAGGACUGAUGGAAUUCUGGCUUGGCUUGGCGAAGGAACAACCGAAGUCAUACAAAUGGCGUCUGCCGUUUCAGGUGGAAUGUAGUGUGGAGGAAAACGAGGUGCUUCGCGUGAGAAGUGAAGAUUUGAAGGAAUACCUCAGUUCACAGCUGCUGCUGCCAGUAGAUGCUUUUUUCAAGAAAUGA